CACUUCUCCUCUUGUCUGCCCUGGGGACGUGUCCGCCCCGUGGUUCCUGGCCACCACCACGAAGGUAGGUGUUUUUAUACUCAUUUUGCUCGCCAGAAUUCACAGAUUACUGUUAAUGUUUAGCUGCGCUAAAUUUGCGCGAUUUACUGCCAUUGUCUCGCGUUCAGACCGGACGGGUCUCGGAGAUCAUCUGAGCGGCGAGUUAUCACACUACGACCAGAAAGUCGCCCUCCCCGCGACUCGUCUCAACGUCUUUGUUCUCACCGACAGGCAUUGUCUCUCAUCCACAGAUCCUGUCUUUCACCAGCUGUGGUCCUUUUUCUAUCAUGCUAUCUUUUUAUUUUUCUCGUCGGACCGACAGCCAUCAAAACUUAUACUUCUAGCGUUGUCGAGCCCUAGGCUGACUAGCCGAUACGAACCUUUCGCCACAACCAACGCCGAUCAACCACCGACCGACUUUGCUUCUGGUUGUUUGCGGAGUCUUUAUGAGAUCUCUCGAUGCUCUUUGAAUUGGUUCGGAAUGACCAAUCUGCCGGCAGAUCUUGGAAUGCAGCGCUGCUUGCCCCGUCGGCUGCUCAAAACCACUCUUACACAGGUUCAUCAAUCUCGAGGACAAAGAAAUGAGAUAUAAUCCACUCUCCUGGGGUGAAUGAUAUGAUAUUUUGUCUGACCACGCCUAUGAUCCCUGACUGCGCUUCUUGCCGACUACAUCUCUUGAGACUAGAGCCUGGGCUAUGAAUCAGAACCAAAUCUAUUACUAGGUGGUCAACGGCCUUCAUAUAUGAUAUUCUCCAAUACUUAGGCUACUGUCAAAUGAAGGAUCUGGCCUACUAGGUACCUAUUCGUCAUGGAGACUACCUAGUAUCCAUGAAUAUAGGUAGUAAUGCCUGGUAUUCUCAGUCGAGCUCGAGUAUUAUGCAUAGCCAAACAUAUACGACACAUCUACUUCUUCGUUCGAACAUUCCUGGCA